AUGGCCACUAAAAAUAGGACAGAAGUGACUGAAUUUGUCUUAUUGGGCUUGUCCAGCAGGCCAGAAAUGCAGCCAGUUAUUUUUGGAAUAGUCCUUGCCAUGUACCUGGUUGCAGUUAUGGGCAAUGCCCUUCUAGUAACUGUUGCUUGCUCAGAUCCCAAACUUCAUACCCCCAUGUAUUUCCUUCUCAGCCAGCUUUCCUUUAUUGACAUAUUUCUGACAACCAUCACUGUUCCUCAGAUGCUUGUGCACACACUAUCCACGAAUCGAAUCAUUUCCUACAAUUGCUGUAUGACCCAGCUGUUCUUCUUUAUGGCUGUGGGCAGCAUGGAAGGCCACUUGCUGGCUGCGAUGGCAUAUGACCGCUGUGUUGCCAUCUGUGACCCCUUAAGAUACUCUGCCAUUGUCAGCCAUUGCCUCUGUCUGCGCAUAACAUUGACCUCCUGGGUGAUUGUCAGCCUUAACAGUCUUCUUUACAGUGUGUUAGUCACACACUUAACCUUCUGUGGCAACCAGGUCACCCACUUCUUCUGUGACAUAACUCCCCUGCUGCAGCUCUCCUGCACUCGACCAGUGGUCAAUGAAAUGCUAAUAUUCACAGAGGGUGUAGCUGUUGUGGUCAGCCCCUUCUUCUUUAUUUUGGGUUCCUAUGCCCGCAUUGGCAUUGCCAUAGCCCACAUGCACUCAGUUGCUGCCCUGCGCAAAGCUCUGUCAACCUGUAGCUCCCACAUUUUGGUUGUGUUGCUCUUGUAUGGCUCUGUGAUCCGCAUGUACCUCCGGCCGUCCUCCAGCUAUGACUUGGAUCAGGAUCGUCAGGUUGCCAUCUUCUACACAGUGGUCACCCCUAUGCUAAAUCCACUAAUCUACAGCCUCAGAAACCAGGAAGUUAAAGGAGCUCUGAGAAGACUUUUUAGGAAACUCUGGAUCUCAGGAAACUUCCAGCCUGGUUCCCAGGCAAAUAGAGAAUGGAAACAUGAAUCCUGA